AUGGCUACAGAGAUAGCUCAACCGGUCAACCCUCUCGGCGAACUACGGUAUCUCCAAUACGAACAUUCCCUCGAGGAGAAAUAUCUACCGGAAAUCCGAGCCUUGAUAUCUAAGGACCUCAGCGAGCCCUAUAGCAUCUAUGUGUAUCGGUAUUUCUUGUACCAGUGGGCACACUUGUGCUAUUUAGCCCUGCACCCCACCGAAGAUUCUCUCCUUGGCGUUAUCAUCUGCAAGCUCGAACAGCACCAAUCACAUUCGCCACCCACACUUAGAGGUUAUAUCGCCAUGUUAGUCGUGUCUUCGGACUUUCGAGGAAAUGGCAUAGCAACUAUGCUAGUCAGGAAAGCUAUCGAUGCCAUGGCCAAACGUAAUGCCGACGAAAUAGUGCUUGAGACGGAGGAGACAAAUAUACCCGCUAUGAGGCUGUACGAAAGUCUCGGCUUCCUCCGGACGAAGAAGCUUCAUAGAUAUUAUCUCAACGGCAAUAGUGCGUAUAGGCUCGUGUUAUUGCUAAAACCCGGAUAUGAGAAUGAGGAGAUGAAGCCCCUAAUUUGA